AUGGCCGCCUUUGAGCUGGGUGGCUGCUUAGUGAGUUGCCGAGUUGCUGCAGCAUGCACCUUGCCGUGCGAGCAAGGGCGCCAGCCAGAGAUCAAGAUAACAAACGACCCGCCUGACUGGAGCAGCCUAAAAAUAGGCGAAUAUGGGAAGGAAAACGUCUUCCCGUCCAAGAUUUACCAGCUGCAGCCGAUGAUGGGGUCAGCAGCACGGCGACUUCGACAGGCAGGCUAUACGCCAGCCGGCCAUCAGCAUGUCGUCAGCGGAACAGAGAUUUUAAUUUGUUCGUCCGAUUCAGGUGGACAUUUAUUGGGUAGCUUUGCUAUUAUUACUCCGUACAUUAGUACGCCGAAGAAGCGGUUGGGGCGGCUGGGAGGCGAGCCGUUGACCAGCGAUACACAUACGGAGUGUGUCUGA